AUGCCACCCAGCGAACCCAUUGUUGUUACUGGCAGCGCGUGCAGGUUUCCCGGAAGCGUCGACAGCCCUUCAAAACUUUGGGAUCUUUUGAAGGAACCGAGAGACUUGCAGUCUGAAGUACCCAAAGAUAGGUUCAAUAUUGACGCAUUCUACCAUCCCGACGGCUCCCACCAUGGCCGCACAAAUGCCCGUCACGGGUACUUCUUGGAUCAAACACCGCGCGCAUUCGACGCCUCAUUCUUCAAUAUCCAAGCCGGAGAGGCGGAGAGUAUAGAUCCCCAACAGCGGUUACUGCUUGAAACCACAUACGAUGCUGUGGCCGCGGCAGGCUACGGAUUGCAUGAUCUCCGUGGGUCUGACACGGCAGUUUAUGUCGGUCUCAUGACCCACGACUUUGAGCUCAUCAAGGUCAACGAUAUAGACUAUAGCCCAACUUACUUCGCGACGGGUGCUGCCACCAGUAUCGCAUCAAACCGUCUGUCAUACUUUUUUGAUUGGCAUGGACCCAGCAUGACAGUAGAUACCGCAUGUAGUUCAUCACUCGUUGCUGUGCAUCUCGCAGUGCAACAGCUCAGAAGCGGAGUGAGCAAGACCGCCAUUGCGGCCGGCUCGAACUUGAUUUUGUCCCCCAUGAACUACAUCACAGAGAGCAAACUGAGCAUGCUAUCCCCGACAGGAAGGUCAAGGAUGUGGGAUAUUGAAGCCGACGGCUACGCCAGAGGUGAAGGUGUUUGUGUAGUAGUACUCAAGACGCUCAGUCAAGCAUUGCUCGAUGGAGAUAUCAUAGAGUGCGUCAUUCGUGAAACUGGCAUCAACCAGGACGGACGUACAACGGGUAUCACGAUGCCGAGUCACAUCGCCCAGGAGACUUUGAUCCGCGAAACCUAUGCUCGUGCCGGCCUCGAUGCUCAGAAAGCCGAAGACCGGUGCCAAUUCUUCGAGGCUCACGGGACCGGAACUCCCGCCGGUGAUCCUCAGGAAGCCGAAGCAAUUUCGAGAGCAUUCUUUGGCAACUGCACUGGUUCUGAAGGCGACAAGUUGUUCGUCGGCAGUCUGAAGACCGUUGUCGGACACACGGAGGGAACCGCGGGUAUUGCAGGGCUGCUCAAGGCAUCGCUCGCCGUUCAGCACGGCAUCAUCCCUCCCAACCUGCUCUUUGAGAACCUGAGCCCGAAGGUAGCCCCAUUCUACCACAACCUGUCCAUCACGAAGAUGGCACAGCCCUGGCCUGAGACGGCACCCGGUCAGCCGCGUAGAGCAAGUGUCAACUCAUUCGGCUUUGGUGGCACAAAUGCGCACGCCAUUAUUGAGGAGUACAAGCCCAGUGCUUCGAGCACUACCGCUCAGGGUUCAAAUUCAAGCUCUGCAGCGUAUACUUUGCCUCUUGUGGUUUCGGCCAAGUCGGAGUCCUCAUUGAAGAGCCUGAUGAAACAGACCGUCCAUUUCAUGAAGUCAAACCCUGAUGUUGACAUGCUGGAUCUCUUAUGGACACUUCUCUGCAAGAGGUCCGUCCUCCCGUACCGCCAAACUGUUGUUGGGGACUCCAGGGAGUCAAUCACACUCGCAUUAGAAACUGCAAUCUCAGAAAACAGUGGCCCGGAACGCAAUCUUCGCCCUUUCAACGCCGGACAAGGGAAGCCCCGCUUUCUGGGCGUCUUCACGGGACAGGGUGCUCAAUGGCCUGGUAUGCUGAAGUCGCUCAUCACGGCUGUCCCCCAUGUUCGUGAUAUCGUUGCCGAGCUCGAUAAUUCCCUACAGACUCUACCCUCUCAGUACCGGCCAGCUUGGACUAUCUACGCCGAGCUCAUGCUUGAAGGAGAAGCCUCGAAUGUCACUAAAGCUAGCUUCUCCCAACCGCUGUGCUGUGCCGUGCAAAUUGUCCUGGUCCGGCUACUAGCUGCCGCCGGUGUGGAGUUCACCACAAUAGUCGGCCACAGUUCAGGAGAGAUCGCUUGUGCCUUUGCCGGGGGCUUCAUUAGCGCCUCACAGGCCAUUCGAAUCGCCUAUCUUCGAGGUCUCACGUCCAAGCAUGCUGCUUCGCCCAACGGGGGAGAGGGAGCCAUGCUGGCGGCGGGCACGUCGCUGGAGGACGCGCAGGAGCUUUGCGAGCUCGAGAUGUUCCAGGGCCGGAUCUGUGUUGCGGCCAGCAACUCGCCAGACAGCACUACCCUCUCCGGUGACGCAGAUGCCAUUGUCGAAAUGCAGGGCAUCCUGGAGGACGAGUCCAAGUUUGUUCGCGUGUUGAAGGUUGACAAGGCGUACCACUCACACCACAUGAUCCCCUGCUCAGCGCCCUACCUCCAAGCCUUGGUCGACUGUGGCUGCGAUGUCGCUGAUGGCGCUGGGUCUUCUGCCGUGUGGUACUCGUCGGUGCAACAGAACAAGCGGAUGCAGGCUAGCGACGUGAACGCCGAAUACUGGAACAACAACCUGGUCUCUCCGGUGCGGUUCAUGCAGGCCGUCGAGACUGCCGCCAUCGAGCAUAAGUCACUAGAUGCCGCUAUCGAAGUUGGCUGUCACCCGGCCCUUAAGGCACCUUGUCUCACGACCCUCAAGACAGUCCUCGCUGGCGAGCUGCCUUACACCGGCUGUAUGCAACGCGGUUCCAGCGAUGUGAUAGCCUUUGCUGGUGCCCUCGGAUACCUUUGGGAGCGCCUGGAUCUCGCUGUUAUUGAUCUCAAUAGCUUCAUCCCCCAGGUGGUCUCCCCAGACAGGAUCCCGCGAAGUUUGGCCAAAAUUCUCCCGAGUUACCCAUGGGAUCACACUCGGACUCACUGGGCCGAGACACGGGCGAUUAAGAACCACUUGCACGCUUCUACUCCUCAUCUCAUGCUGGGUUCUCUCUCCUCUUCGAGCACGGCCACGUUCUUCCAAUGGAAAAAUAUCAUCAGACCUAGAGACCAUGAGUGGUUGCAAGGUCACGCGCUCCAAGGCCAGGCUGUCUUCCCUGCUGCUGGAUACAUCGUCAUGGCCAUGGAGGCUGCUAUCCAAGUGGCUGGUGUACGCGCAAUUCAGCUUCUCGAGGUUCUCAACAUGAGCAUUGAUAAGGCCGUCACAUUCGAGGAUGAGAACAGCCCUGCAGAACUCCUCCUUACGGUCGAAACUCUUCUCUCAGACCCUGACCAACUCAAUUUGAGCUUCAGCAUCGAUUCAUGUCUUGCUAAAGAAUCUAAGCCCUCAAGGUCUGCCAACGGUCAGCUCAUCGUCACAUUCGGAGACUCGACAUCAGUCGAUCACGUGCUCCCGCCCGCAGGCGAGGAUCCUCCUCACUUGACGAUGGUCAACAUCAAGAACUUUUACCGUGAGCUGGACGAACUGGGUUUCGACUACAGCAAAGACUACCGCUGCGUUUACAACCUCGGACGGGCAGAUGCGAAAGCUACCGGAACCAUGGCGUUUCCUCGUCUCGAUGAUGGAGCGCGCCCCAUCGUCCUGCACCCGGCCUCCAUGGAUCUAGCGUUCCAAACCAUCAUGGGAGCAUAUUCUGCCCCCGGAGACAAGCGUCUGAGGUCUAUCUACGUCCCGGUGCACAUAGACCGAAUCACCGUAGUCCCUGCGCUGUGUGUAUCCACUGCAGACUCCGACUCGGCCCCCAUCGUCCAUUUCAAAACGACCAACACGUACGACAAGGGUGAUGUCCUGGCCGGAGAUGCUACGGUAUUUGCGGCGGGUAACGACAAGCGGGUCCUCUACCGCAUCGAAAACCUGCUCCUGAAGCCACUCUCAAAGCCGUCCGAGGCCGAAGACCACAAGGCCUUCACCAAGACUGUCUGGGCCCCCCUGAAGCCGGAUGCGCUCCUGGACAACCCAGACCUAUGGGCCACUGAGCAGGACAAGCAGGUUAUUCCCAUAAUCGAGCGCAUCUGCUAUUUCUACAUGAAGAAUUUCGUCAGCCAGCUCACCGACGAGGACCGCGCCAAUGCGACGCUACCUCACCAGAGAUACAUUUACUGGAAUGAGCAUGUCUCGGCCAAGGUGAAGGAGGGCACCUGGCACGAGUGGUAUAGCCCAUCUUGGGAAUACGACACCCGCGAACAGAUUGAGCAGCUGGUCAUAGAAAACUCCUACCACCCUCACGUCAAGAUGGCAAAGAGAGUGAGCGAGAACACGUUAUCGACGAUUCGUGAACAGAGCAAUCCGUUCUUAUGGAUGGACCACGACGGUUUGCUGACGGAGUUUUACACGAGUUAUCUAACAAGUGGCCCGGGUUGGCUAUACGGCCAGGAACUCGUCAGCCAGCUCUGCCAUCGUUACCAGACGAUGGACAUUCUUGAAAUCGGUGGCGGAACCGCCUCGGCAACAAAGUACAUCCUAGACAUCCCGCAGCUGGGUUUCAACAGUUACACCUUUACCGACAUCUCGCCGGCUUUCUUCGAGAAGGCACAGGAGCUAUUUACGGCUCACGAGGAUCGCAUGACCUUCCAGAAGCUCGAUAUCACCAAGAGACCGGAAGAUCAAGGAUUCAAGCCGCACUCCUACGACAUGGUCAUCGCGUCCUCUGUCCUCCACGCCACCCCGAAGCUGGCGGAGACCAUGGCCAAUGUCCGGUCUCUCCUGAAACCCGGUGGCCACGUCGUGCUUCUCGAAGCUACGCAUAGGGAUCAUACCCGUGUCGGUUUCCUCUUCGGCUUAUUCCCCGACUGGUGGGCUGGCAUGGACGAGGGCCGUGACCUGGACCCCUUUGCGGACAUCAAACAGUGGGAUGCUAUCUUCAAGCAGACCGGGUUCUCCGGCGUUGACACUCGCACCUUGGACAGACACGGAAACAUAUUCCCCAAUACCCUCUUCUGCACACACGCCGUGAACACAAAGGUGGCGCGUCUGGAUGCGCCGCUUUCCGCUCCUCCAGCGGACAAGUCGGUCCCACAAAUUGUGGUGGUUGGCGGCAGCUCGUCUAAGUCCGCUCGCAUACUCGGUGAGGUCCGCCAAUUCCUGUCUCACCGGGACAUUGUUAGCCUUGAGCGACUGGAGGAUGUCCCAAAGGCAUCCAUCGCACAAAAGUCAACCUUGCUCGUCAUCUCUGAACUAGACCAGGAGACCUUCUUGGGUAUUGACGAGACAAGAUUCGAGUCUAUCAAGACCCUCCUGGAACUAGCCGGCUCGAUCCUCUGGAUCACCGAGAACGCCUGGACUGAAAACCCGUACCAGGCGAUGACGGCCGGUAUGCUCCGAUCAGCCCGCCUCGAGUACCCCGCAACCCAUAAUCAGUCGCUCGACGUUGACGACGUCAACAGCCUAGACAUUCAGUGGCUUACUGAACAAUUGUUACGUCUCGAGGAGGCAUCCGGCACCAAGGACGAGAUCCUGUGGACCCUGGAGCCUGAGGUCUACGUGUCCAAGGGGCGCGCGUACAUCCCUCGUAUCAAGCACGACAUUGAGCGUAACAACCGCCUCAACUCAAAGCGCCGCACAAUCACGGCUUCGGUUGACUCGCGCAAGACUCCCGUGGCCCUCAAAGCAUCGGAAGAUAGCUUGUACCUGGAAGCAGUGGAGGCUCGCUCCCCUGUUGGUACUGUCGCUGAAGUGACAGACCUGGUGAUUGACGUUAAGUUCUCCCUCGUCAAUGCCAUCCGCGUGGGAGAUCUUGGAUACUGGUACCUCCUGCAGGGUACUGCUACUAACACGGGUAAGGCCGUCAUUGCAAUCUCACAGAUCAAUGCUUCCAUUGUCCAAGUCCCCCCCCAACAAGUCUUUGCACUGUCCACAAAUGCCAGCACCACCGAUACUACUUCGGUGCUGCUCACAAUUGCGUCGAGUUUCGUCGCCCAGACGGUCCUGUCCAGUGCUGUCUCUGGUGCGUCCAUCCUGGUCAUGGAACCGCCUAGCUUCUGCAUCGACGGCAUCAUCGAGAUCUCAAAGAUGAAAAACGUCAAAGUCCACUUCGCAACCGUAAAGUCUUUGUCAUCUUCUUCUGUAUCGUGGAUCAGGCUGCAUCCGUACGAGAGUGAUGCAGACAUCAAGAAGCUUCUGCCGGCAAACUUGUCGGGGUUCUACGACUUCUCUGAUGAGAACAACACCACCACCAAUUUGGGUCGCCGUGUUGCCAGCCUACUGCCGCCAUUCUGUGUCAAGUUCGGUCUUGCACACAUCUUACAGAGCCAUGGUGCACCACUCGUGCAACGGUCGGUGCAGAUCCCUCUUACCGAGGACUCAGUAUCAAAGGCUCUGGCUAUCGGUACUUCUAAUAACCAGGGCGACGCACACGUCGUGAAGUCAGUCAGUGGCAUUACGCACCUGGAGGAUAUGAUGGCGGUGGUCGAUUGGAGGGUUGAGGAUUGCGUGACGGCCCGGAUCCGGGCCAUCGACUCUGGAAAGCUCUUCGCCCAGGACAAGACCUACCUGCUCCUCGGACUCGCUGGGUCUCUCGGUCGGUCUCUGGCCCGCUGGCUCGUUGCACACGGUGCCCGUCACGUUGUAAUUUCCAGCCGCAACCCCGAGAUGCCCGAUCCGAAGUGGUUGGAGGAGAUUGAAAACCUGGGCGGACAGAUCACGACCCUGUCCAUUGAUGUUUCCAAGGAGGCGUCCAUCAACGCCGGACUUGCCCAGAUCCGAGAGACUUUGCCCGUCAUAGGCGGUAUAGCCUAUGGUCCGUUGGUUCUGCACGAUGCCCUGCUAGCAAGCAUGGACCUCUCGAUGAUGAACGUUCCUGUCAACUCCAAGGUCGUGGGAGCUUCGAUACUGCACGAGCGCUUCUCGAGCCCGUCGACCGAUCCCCUCGACUUCUUCAUCAUGUUCUCCUCCGUGGCAACCGUUGGUGGAAACCCAGGCCAGGCCAACUACACCGCCGCCAACUCUUACCUCCAGGCCCUAGCCCAAAAGCGCCACGCAAUGGGUCUGCCAGCUUCGACCAUCGCCAUCGGAGCCGUGAUUGGUGUUGGCUUCUUAUCACGCACCGGAAGAGAAGAGGAGUUUAAGUUGGCUUCCGACACAGACACAAUCUCGGAGGACGAGUUCCUUACUCUCUUCGGCGAGGCAAUCGUCUCUGGACGACGAACUUCGGACUCAGGCAAGGUGGCCAUCACCGAGAUCUCGGACCUGGAAAUCAUCACGGGCAUUCCCGAGUUCAGUGCCCGCCACAAGGACACCGUCAAGUUCUACGACGAUCCCCGCUUCGGCAACCUCAAGGUGCCCGAGAGUCGCCUGAACACAGACGGGGGCUCUGGUGCCAAAAGCUCGGUCAAGGAGCAGCUCCUAAAGGCGAGAACCGCAGAUGAGGUCCGGGACAUCAUCAUCGAUGGCCUCUCACAGAAGAUGCGUGCCAUUCUGCACAUUCCUGCCGACGAGAAGCUCGAAGCUACGGCUCCCCUUAUCGACCAGGGCGUUGACUCUCUCGGUGCUAUUACAGUCGGAUCAUGGUUCUCCAGAACACUUAUGAUCGACAUCCCAUUGCUGAGGGUUGUGAGCGGUGCUUCCAUCGCUGAACUUGCCGAGGAGGCUGCAGGACGACUCCCAUUAGCCGCCAUCCCCCUCGUCGAUUCCACAGACAUGAUCGGCGUCAGUCACGAAGACAGCUCCAACGGCAGCGACAUGCCUCUCGACUCUUCCAACGCCACGUCGAUCUCUGGCCUGAGAGCCGAUGACUGCGACGUAUAUGGCAAGACGGACGGUCCUCGCCAAUUAUCGUUGUCCCUCACCCAGGAGCACUCUUGGAAGCUUUUGAAACAGCUCUCCAACGACCCGACCAUCUUCCACAACACCAUCGGCGUGUUCAUGAAGGGCCCGAUCGACCACGGAAGACUGGAAAAUGCGCUGAAUGCAUCUCUCCGUCGACACGAAAUCUUCCACACAGCUUUCACUUCCGACGGCGAGCAGACCAUCCUAACUGCCCCGUCGCCUCGUGUGCGCUUCGUCUCAGUAAGCGAUCGCACUGCGGCCGAAGACGCGUACAGAGAGUUGGAAAACGAGGAGUACAACCUUGCUGCUGGUGAAGGCCUCAAGAUUGCCGACUUCUACUGGGGCAAAGACGAGCACUUGUUCGUCAUCGGCUAUCACCGCCUUGUCGGUGACGGCUCGACCACGCAGAACUUCCUGGACGAGAUCGGCCAGCUAUAUGACGGCGCGAAGCUGUCCUUGCCGCCGCAGUAUUCCAAAUUUGCGAUCCGCCAGAGAUCCGAGGUUGAGAGCGGUCAGAUGAAUGCUGACAUCGCCUACUGGACUUCUAUGUACGACAGCAUCCCCGCCGUCCUACCGAUCCUCUCUCUUCCACACGCGCAGAAGCAACGUACCCAGGACGACCGCAUUACCUGGAAACAACACGUCGGCAUGCUACGCCUCAAUGCGGUGCUCGCCUUUCGUAUCCGGGAGCGCUGCAAAAAGUUCAAGGGUGUGACGCCCAUGCAUUUCUACCUCGCGGCGUACCACAUCCUCCUGGAGCGCCUCGCCAACGCCAAGGACGUGGCCAUUGGUAUCGCCGACGCCAACCGUACGAGUAUUCAGGACGUCUCGACCAUGGGCUUCUUCGCUAACCUGCUGCCGGUCCGCAUGGCGUCCCUAGAGCCGUCUCAGACGUUCGCCGACGAGCUUGAGUCCGUCAAGGAGUGUAUGCGCAAGGCUAUGCGGCAUUCGCGCGUGCCGUACGGUAUCACGCUCGAUCGUCUGGGUCUCGAAUCGUCUUCGGUGGAGCUGCAGCACGCGCCGCUUUUCCAGGCCGUUUUUGACUAUAGACAGGGCGCUGCGGAGACGGGACGUCUUGGUGGGGCGUUCUUCACUGAAAUCUGGGCCUCCCGCGAGCGGACGCCGCAUGAUAUCGUUCUGGAGAUGUCGGACGACCCGGCCAAGGAGCCACUCGUGACGGUCAAGCUGCAAAGCUAUCUUUAUGGCGAGGAGGACCCCAAGGCAUGCCUGGACGCCUACGAGGCGAUCCUGGCCAUAUUCUCCGAGAACACGAAGCUGCCUGUGUCUAAGCAAUGA